AUGGAGACCCACGACGGCACGCAUCUCGGCGGCCAGGCCGCUGCUGCCCCCUCGUCCCAUGCCGAGUUUAUGAAGCAGCUCAAGGCCAAGGCCAUGUUUGACUCCAACUACAACGGCGGCGCUCGUUUCGACGCCGGCUCUGCCGUGCCGACCGAUGGCCACCACCCUGCGGCAAGCCUUGACGCCAACGGCUCUGCCCCUGCGGACAACACCGGAAAUGUACAGUCCCCCAACGGCCAGCAGGCCAGCACGGAUGCCAACGCCACUCCUACCACCAGCAACGGCAACGGCGGCGCCUUGGAUCCCACCACGUCGCCAUACACACCUCGGAGGCUGAACCCCCUCAACUUUGCUCCCGAUACUGACGAGCUGGCCUCCCCUCCUGCUCGGCAGCCUGUGGGCAGGCUUCCCGGCUCCCAGUCGGUGCCAAACCUGGGCAACCCCAACGCCUUCCAGACCCUUCAGAGCUCCAUUGCGAGCCAUCAGGCCCAGGCCCAGCAAGAGCAGGCCCGGCACGAGCAGGCCCGGCACGAGCAGGCCCGGCACGAGCAGGCCCGGCAGCUCCAACAGCAGCAAGCCCAGCAAGCCCAGCGGGCCCAGCAGGCCCAGCAGGCCCAGCAGGCCCAGCAGGCCCAGCAGCAGGCCCCGCUGCAUGUCCAACAGUAUGUGCAGAGUCAGGCACAACAGCAGCUGCACCCGGUGCAGAGCCCGCCGCAGCAGAGCCACCAGUAUGCCACGCGCCCGGUCGCGGCUCCUCAGUUCGACGCCCAGUCGAACAUGAGCUAUGGCGACAGCAAUAGUCUGUUCUCCACCGCCAGCCAGAAGACGGAGUCUCCCGAGCCGGUCGCCUACGGCAACGGCAAUGACAUGGCCGGCGCCCAGAACUACGGCUAUCACUACGGCCAGCCCCCGUGCCCGCCGCCUGCCGGUGCCGUGCCCCUGCUCUACAACGGCCCCGGCGUUGCUGGUGUUCAGCAGUUCCAAGGCCCUUUCGUCGCCAACAAUGGCCAUUUCAACGGAAAUGUUAAUGAUGGCCACGGCUCGCUUGCGGCAUACCACGACCCUGGCUACGGCGGCAUGACGGGCGGCGCCAGCAACAUGGCACUGCAGCACCAGCACCACAUGGCUCCCCCCUCGCAGCUCGGGGGCGACGUGAUUCCUGAGCACAUCCGCUCCCAGCGCUCUGCUCUCCUGAACAAUCUGACCUCGUCGCCAAGCGGCCGCCCCACCGUGCAGCAGGCGCUAGAUGCCAACAAUUUUCCAUUCAUCGAGACCGCGCGAACCUCGCCCGAGACAUGCACCUAUGGCGUCGUGAAGUUCAAGAACAUCCCCUUCGCCACCCGCCGGUCCGAGGUCAUUGCCUUCUUGGGCCGCAACUCCAAGAUCAUCAAUGACAACCUCGAACCCGUCCAUAUCAUAAUGGAGCGUGUUACUAGCAAGACCAUGGAUGCAUACGUAGAGUUCCUGACUCUCCAAGAUGCCAUGAAGGCCGUCGACCGGCACCAUCAGACGCUGGUCAAGGGACGCCUGAGCCGUCUUGGCGAUCGCCCCGUUGAGGUCGAACUUUCGUCGCAGGGAAGCCUGAUGGCCGACCUGUUCCCCCUGGCAAAGGGCAUCUUCUGGGAGGGCACGCGCCCGACCAUCCAGCCCGCCAACUCGUGCGAGCCCUGGAACAACUUCAAGGGCUUCGUCAGCGAGGAGGAGAUGACGAUGCUCGUCAAGCACGUCGAGGUUCCGCAGCGUUCCCCCUUCGCGCGCGACUGCCCGCAGCGCCCCUUCGAGUGCAUGAUCAGCACCUUGCGCAAGCUCCCCUGGCACAUGUCGGGCCUCAUCUCGCUCCGGCAGCGCCACGCCAUCUUCCGCGCGUGCAGCGACCUGAUCCGGCUGCUCGCCGCCGCCAUGGCCGGCGGCCGGUCCGAGGACCUGCUCAACGAGCAGCUGCGCCGCCGCCUGGUGCACGCCGCCAUGUGCUGCCCCGGGUUCACCGUCGUGCAGCGCGACGACAUCGCCACGCUCGCCGGCCUCGACGAGGCCAAGAAGCUCGAGUACGGCAUGCCUCGCUACGCCAGCUCGUGGACGCACCUGUACGCGCUGUCGCCCAAGCCCAACAUGCCGCUGGACGUGAUCGAGUACUACGUCGCCGUCAUCCGCGAGGAGACGUACCGCGCCCUCAACGGCCUCGCCAUUAACGAGCGCGCCAACGUCACCAGCCACGGCCAGGACGUAGACACGUACUUUGGCUACCUGUGGCGGGAGCUCAACAUCCCGCGCGGCCAGGACUUUGACGACAUGACGCUGGCCGCCGCCGCCCAGCAGGAGCUUGCCGUCAUCGAGCGCAUCAUCUGCCGCGCCUUCGCCAAGCCCGCCUGA